CAGGGAAAGUCUCACAACGAGAUGAUGAUGAUGAUGACGAAGAUUGUUACUCUCCUCGUGCUGAUGGCGGUGUGUGCCCGGUCAUAUCCCAUCAAGGUUCACGACGACAACCAGUACGAAGUCCCACAGGAACACGAGCAGCUGGUACAGUACGGUUACGAGCCCCAGGAUCACGAACUCGACGUGGAGCACAGCGCCCACCCAAAAUACGAGUUCAAAUAUGAAGUGAAUGACCCACACACCCAAGACAUCAAGGAACAGGCUGAGAAACGUGACGGUCACAAAGUUGAAGGCUACUACAAGCUGCUUGAAGCAGACGGUACCACGCGAACCGUACACUACACUGCAGACAAGCACACGGGUUUCCAGGCGCAGGUCGAGAAAUCCGGGCACUCUGUUCAUCCUGUCGUCCACUACGACCAUCAAUAGACACAUCCAGCUACCUCAUGUCAACAAACACACCAUUGCUCAUUCUAAGUCUCAAACUCCCACGGUUCACGUACAGUCCACAGGCCAGGAGAAUGUCCCUGCUAGGAAUUCGAUAUACGCGCAUGCGCAAGAUUUCGCGGUGAGUGACGAUCCAUCCUAAAAGCAUUCGUUCCACAACCACUGAACGAACAACAGACGACAGGCUUUCACGUGUUCUAACGGG